GAGCCGCGGGCGCGGAGUGUCCGGCGCUGCGCGGGUCGGAGCGGGACGCGUCGAGACCCGGCCGGGCCGGUGAGGUGUUACCUGCACCCAUCUGUGUAAGAUCGAUGGAGUGGCCACCAGGAACUGUCCCUGAGUACCUGCCCAGCACAGGAGAGCCCUCGCUGCCGACCUGUCCCACGGCUGAGUCACUGAGCUGUUGCUGAGCCGUCCUGCCUCUGAGCUGUCCCGCCCCUGAGCUGUCCCACCACUCAACUGUCACCGAGUUGCCCCUCCCUCUGUCUCACCGCUGAGCUGUCCCACUGCUGAGCAGACCCUCCGUCCGUCCCACUGUCCAUCCCGUCACCGGGCCAUCCCGCUACUGAGCCGUCCCGUCAUCUCUCCCGCCGCCGCUGAGCCGUCCCGCCGCUAAGCUGUCCUACCGUCUAUCCCACCGUCUUCCCCGCAGCUGAGUCAUCCCAUCGCCGAGCCGUCCCGCCAUCCGGCCCGGGAAGCUGGAGGAGCCCGUGUCCCACCUUCACCAUUCUCUUCUCCUGUGCAUGGGCACUACAGCCCCGGGGCGCCCGGCCGCUGGCCCCCCCGCCUAGCCGUCCCGCCCCCAAGUACUCCACGUAUCCCGAUGGGGUAACGUGACCCACGGCCCACGCGCAGCCGCCGGACUGACGCUCGGGAUCCCCACCGGCGGCCGCUCCCCGACCAGGCCAGCCCAGCCCCUUAUUCUUCACUGGAGCGUGAGAGGGUAGCGGCAGAUAAGGCCACCCCACUGGUACCCGCUGGUUUUUGGGUCAUCAGCAGCGCCGGGCGCCGCCAAGCACCAAAUUCUGGGUUCUUAUGGGCUCUGGCCCCUGGGGCUCGGGCUGGUUGUAGAGUCGGGGAUCCGAGAGGGUCCCCAGGAGCUGACAGAAUUUGCACUACAUUUGUGUGGAUUUGGAAGGUUUUGGCGGCCGUGCCCCAGGACCCUUGGGCCCCCCAGGGCGCCCGUCCUCUUUCCAGCUCUUCCUCUCCCUGGGCCCCUACUGACUCGCCAUGGCCCGAAUGAACCGCCCUGCACCCGUGGAAGUCUGCCACAAAAAUAUGCGCUUCUUGAUUACCCACAACCCUUCCAACACCACUCUGAGCACCUUCAUCCAGGAUCUGAAGAAGUAUGGAGCCACCACUGUUGUGAGGGUCUGCGAGGUCACCUAUGACAAGACUCCUCUGGAGAAAGAUGGUAUUUCCGUCAUGGACUGGCCGUUUGAUGACGGAGCCCCUCCCCCCAGCAAGGUGGUGGAUGACUGGCUGAGCCUGCUCAAAGCCAAGUUCUGUGAAGACCCGGGCUGCUGCGUGGCUGUGCACUGUGUGGCUGGUUUGGGGCGGGCCCCAGUGCUUGUGGCUCUGGCUCUGAUCGAGAGCGGCAUGAAGUAUGAAGACGCCAUCCAGUUCAUCAGACAGAAGCGUAGAGGUGCAAUCAACAGCAAACAGUUAACAUAUUUGGAAAAAUACCGGCCAAAACAGAGAUUGAGAUUCAAGGACCCUCACAACCAUAAGAACAAGUGCUGCAUCAUGUAACCUCAGCUGCCUCUUGCCAACACUCACAACUGCGGCUUCAUAGACACACCCACAUACUCCAUCUCUCACUCACACAACCCCCCCCCCCCCCCCCACGAACUCUUUCUUUCACAAACACACACACACUCACACUCUCACAGAGUUGAUAAGCAGGGAGCUGGAGGGUGUGGACUUAAGUAGCACUGACUUCUCCCCUCACCGCCCACCUGUCCGACUUUCCUGAAAAGAGUUUUCCUCUUGAACAGUUGCUGCAAUCAAACCUGGAGAGGAAAAGACCAUUCUGCCUCUUAACCGCCCUAUGUUGAAUUAGAGGACCUGCUGGGCUGUUUCCUUUUUUAAAAUAAUUUCCUUUCCCCCAACACCUCCAGCCCCUUGUAGGCAGGAUUUUGUCCUUGUAAAUGAUCCAACCUAAGACGGGCAAGGAUAUUCCGAGUCUAAAAUACAAUAAAAGCUUCUCCUGGCUCUCUGAG